AAGAACCAGCACUGGUGAGGAUGGUGUCCCGGGAACCCAGCGCCGUGUGCCAACUGCUGCUGCUGUUGAUCCUGAAGGAUUCACUGGGGUCGUCUGCAGGAACCCACACUCUGCGCUAUGACCUCAUGGCCUUGUCUCAAGAGGGGUCUGGGCAGGCCCAGUUCCUAGCCCUGGGAUACCUUGAUGAUGAGCUCUUCCUCCGCUAUGAUGGGGACAACAGAAGGGCAGAGCCCUUGGGGCUCAGGAUGAAGAGAUACAUGGGAGCUGAACCCUGGGCAAGAGAGACUGAAGACCUGCAGGAGAAGGAGCAACAGCUCAGGAGGAUGCUGGCAGAGCUCAUGGGCCAGAAGGGCCAGGACAGGGGCCUUCACUCCCUCCAGGCCACACUAGGUUGUGAGCUCCAAGGUACCAACACUGGAGGUUUCUGGCGCUUGGGCUAUGAUGGGCAAGAUUUCCUCACCUUUGAUCUGGAGACCCUCAGGUGGAAAGAGACCGAGACCUCAGAGAAGCUACCUGAGGCAUUCUUGGAGACAUAUGGCCCCACAGUUGAUCAAGUGAAGAAUUUCUUGAAUAAUGGAUGUCCUGCUAGACUCUGGGGAUACCUGAAUUCCUUGAAGGACCAUCUGGAGGAUACAGGUCCCCUACCAAUUGUGACACGCAGGAACUACCCAGUGGGCAGGAUCACCCUGACAUGCCAGGCUUUUAAUUUAUAUCCCCCCAUCACCACCCUGAUCUGGCUUCGGGAUGGGAAGCCCGUGCAGCAGCGCACCUUUGGACCUGGGACUAUUCUGCCCAAUGGGGAUGGGACCUACCAGACCUGGGUGUCCAUGUGGAUCCUUCCUGGAGAGGAGCCCUGGUUCUCCUGUCACAUGCAACACGGCAGCCACAGCACCACGGUAUCUGCUGUCUUUGGACAUCAAGCCAAGAACACUGAUGGUACCACCAACACUGCUGCCACUCUGGCUGUUUCUGUUCUUCCUGCCAUAUUGGUGAUGCUGACCUGGACCUAG